AUUAGCUAGUAGUAAAUGGCGGUUGCGAACAGGGUGGACAGUAAAUAUUACCACGGUUAUAACUGUAACUGUCUAAUUAUCAUCAAAACAUGUACUCGACUGUAUCGGAAAUACAGGGUAGUUAUAAAAUGUCUAUUUUCAACUUUCAGGUCUGUUCAUGCGCCGUGCUGACAGGAAAUUCACUGCCAAAGAGACGAAAACGAAACAAACGUUGAACUAAUGGAGAACGACGAUGGAGAAACGGACACGGACUCUGAAAAGGCUGAGCUCCGUCUGAGAGUAGAGUCGUUGAAGCAGGAGCUCAACGAGUGCAGAGCCGAGCUGACCAAGUUACAGAAACAACUGAACCAGUCCGAAAGACUGCAGAGGAGCACAGAGAGCUACAACGAAGACCUGAGGAAACAGGUUGACCUGCUGAGCGCAGAGAUUCAUGAACGGAAGAAGAAAGGUAAAGACAGAGUCGACAGUGAAACUCAGACAGAAGAAUAUGUAUGGACAGAAACUGAUUAUUACAACUACUACUAUGGAAGCUACAAUCAGAACCCAGAGGCUUCACACACUCAGGAAGACCUGAACACAGUAGCAGCAGUGGAUGCAGCUGAUGUCAGCGAGGCAGCAGAGGUUUCAACCCCGAAUCAAGCAGCAGUUGCUGAUGUUUCAGGUCAACCUGACAACAGUGUUACAGCCACAACAGAGGGGGGUGAUGGAGGAUCCAUAGCUGAUAUACUGAGGGCCACUGCUGAAGAGGCUAUGACACAGACUGGGUUUAUCUUUGAUGAGACUACUGGGAUGUACUAUGACCACAGCACGGGCUUCUAUUACGACUCGGCCAGUCAGUUGUACUAUGAUGCCAACACAGGCAUUUACUACUACUAUGAUGCAGAGAGUGGACGAUACCAGUUUCAUUCCAGGAUUGAGGUGCCCGCUGCACAAACUUCUGCAGAGCCUUGCAAAGACAAGAGCAGUGGUGAAAAGAAGGGCAGAAAGCUUAAGAAAGGGUCCAAGAAAACCUCCCUCCAAGAUGAUAAGGAACUCAUAUGUGAUGAGGUAAAGUUGGAAGAAGAAGAAACUGACUGGGUCGAACAGCAAACAACUAAGAGGACCACAGAGUCACGAAAACUGAGGCGACGGUCUCGCAGUCCAGAUGUGGCACCACAUAGAAAAGACUCUUCUAAACACAGAGAGGAGAGUGACAAAUCUUCAUUAAAGAGGAAGAAGCAGAAAAACGGUUCAAACUAUGAUGAUAAGUGUAGAUCAAAGAAGAAAAAGAAGAAAUCUAAGUCAAAAAAGCAGAAGAAGAAAAAGAGCUCGCCUCGAAGCGAUGACUUGGAGGGGGACAGCGAACCGGAAGAGGGUGAGAUCACAGAGUCGGAGAGAGAGGAGUGGGAGUCCACUCCCUCGUUCUCAUCAUCUUCUAGCUCCCCCUCCAAGGAAAGCCCAGAGUCAGAAAUGGAGACUCAGGAAGUCAAAAACAUUUGGCCGCCCUGUGUAAGAGUGACAGUGGUCAGAUCUCCAGUGUUGCAGGUGGGCACUCUGUUCAUCAUCACAGCCGACUCUCCAGCCACCAUUGGCAGAGAGAAAGAUAUGGACCAUGCAGUCCGAAUACCAGAAAUGGGAGUCAGCAAGUUCCACGCAGAGGUGUACUUUGACCAGGAGCAGCAGAGCUACAUGCUGGUGGACCAGGGAAGCCAGAAUGGAACAGUCAUCAAUGGCAACAGGAUCUUACAGCCCAAAACCAAGUGUGAGCCACAUGCACUGAUGCACGGUGAUGAGGUGAAGAUGGGAGAGACUGUGCUGUCCUUCCAUAUCCACUCGGGGACUGAUACCUGUGACGGCUGUGAGCCCGGUCAGGUGAUUGCUCACCUCAGCAAGCACAGGAGAGAGGAGAAGACAGGCCCUGCUCUCACCAAAGAGGAUAAAGAAGCAUUGAGACAAAAGGAGCUGAAGCAGAUGAAGGCCAAAUAUGGCCUGCAGAGCAGUGAGUAUGAGGAGGCCAAAGCCCUGAGGAACCCCAAAUACACGGACCGAGCAGAGUCGCGACGACAGAUGGUGGGCAGCGAGGGUGUUUUCCAACGAGACGAUGCACCCGCUUCUGUUCAUAAGGAGAUUAGUGAAGUCAAUAAAGGACGGAAAAUGCUGGAAAAGAUGGGCUGGAAGAAAGGAGAGGGACUGGGUAAAGAGGGAGCUGGAAUGAAAGACCCGAUUGAACUGAAAAUUAGAAAGUCACAGAGUGGUUUGGGGGCUGGUGUCGUCAUGUCUCUAGACAAUGUUUCUGUGACCAAAUCAAAGUCCCAGAAGAACUGGGAGAAAGCGCGUGCGAGAUUUGCUGAUUCGUGCCAGCCUGACACGCUGUCACCUAAAACACAGAACAGGUCACCCAAAGCCUGGGUCAAAGCAGAAGAGACUGAGAUGACAAACACACAAGCGGGUUUUGAUACAGACGGCCAAAGUUAGGAAUCAAUGAGAGUGUAUUUAAAAGCUGGGAGGUUUGAUGCGUAUGAGAAAACGGAGUCUCUCUACUUUCUGAGGAAGUGUGAUCUGGUGUCUGUAAAUUACAGUAAGCAUAGAAAAUAGUGUUAUUUAACUCUGUCUCAGCAUGAGGAAACCACAGCAACUAAUUGAUUCUGAGCUGAGUUUUCUCUUGAUACAACUGUUGGACCACAAUUAUGUCACAGUGACCACUGCCUAUCAACCUGCUGUCCAGUGCUGUGCAUUAACAGAAUUUGUAAAAGUCACUAGCUGUGGUUGUAGAAUGUGUUCCCCCCUCUCCUCCAUAAGUGAACAGUAUGGUAUGUUUACAGUCCAAACAACUCUUGAAGAAGAGCAGCUUUUGUUUCACGGUCAAAUGUGUCUGUAGUCCAACCUACAGAGGGCAGAGCUGCCAGUGUGUCUCCCAGAACAAAGAGGACAUGAAUCGCCUCAAGCAAAUAUUGACACAGUGAAGCUAUAUUUCUCACAAUGAGAUCAUGACAACUGUGGAUCUGUUUAGACAGCCCGUAACUGAUCAUGUUAAACCAGUCAACUGUUUGGUGUAACACUGCCCCCCCCCUUUAAAGUUGCACAUUAAAUUUUGAACAUGCUCAA